AUGGUGAAAAAGGAGUGGGUAGAAGGCGUACAUGUCGACUAUGAAACAUAUCAGAAAAUAUUAGCAGCUGAAGUAGAAGAGUACAAAACUAUGAUGACGGGAUUGCAAAAAUGGAAGGAGGAAAUGAGCUCUCGAUCAUCGGAGGACAGCAUAUCUCGAGACAACAGCGAAUUCGAUGUCGACGCACCGUCAAGCCUUCCAUAUCCUUCAUUUCCUGAAAGUAACACUAUGGUUGCAUAA